ACCGCCAUAGUUGAACGUUGAAGACUUGAAGCUCGCUCUAACACGUCGUCUUCCCCAUUCAUCUUUCAUUUUUCCCAUUUGACUUUGCCCAAAUUUCGCCCUAAAACCCUUCUUGUACGCCAUUUCCCAGCGUAUAGAUCACACCGCAUUCAAUUUCCUCCGCUUGAAGAAUCGACGCUUCAACAUGGACGCAGUCGCAGGCUCUUCCGUCGUUUCCAAAGCGAACCUCCGCAAUUUCGGAACUGGAGUUUCUUCCUCAUCCUUUUCCACCAAGAUUAGAUUGAUUCCUACCGUCGACCUCCCAGUAAAAGAACGCCGUUUGCGUGGCAGUUCUGUAAGCAUUUUUCCCAAGUCAACUGCUAACAGAAGGCAUGCACUUGGAGGAUUGUCCUUACAUUGCGCAGCGCAAAAGAGAGGUCACGUUGGCAAGACAUUUUGCUCUUCCGGGGUCUGCACAUAUCCGGGAAAUGCCAUUGAAUUAUCUUCGCAUACAACAGAGGAAAAGACUGGGGUGCUUCUUUUGAAUCUCGGGGGACCAGAUACACUUCAUGAUGUUCAGCCAUUCCUGUUCAAUUUAUUUGCUGAUCCUGAUAUUAUACGUCUCCCCAGGUUAUUUCAAUUCCUUCAGCGCCCAUUAGCACAACUGAUAUCUGUUCUCCGAGCUCCCAAAAGUAAGGAAGGCUAUGCUGCGAUUGGAGGUGGAUCACCUUUGCGUAGAAUUACAGAUGAGCAGGCAAAUGCAUUAAAACUCGCAUUGAAAGAGAAGGAUGUCUCUGUUAAUGUUUAUGUUGCUAUGAGAUACUGGCACCCAUUUACUGAGGAAGCUGUUCAACAGAUUAAAAGGGAUGGAAUUACAAGGCUUGUUGUGCUGCCCCUAUAUCCUCAAUACUCUAUCUCUACAACUGGAUCUAGCAUCCGUGUUCUUCAAAAUCUUUUUGGGAGUGAUCCAUAUUUGAGUAGACUGCCUGUGGCUAUCAUACAGUCUUGGUAUCAACGACAAGGUUACAUCACGUCUAUGGCUGACUUGAUUGAGAAGGAGUUGCAGAAAUUUUCUAAGCCUGACGAGGCAAUGAUAUUCUUCAGUGCGCAUGGAGUGCCUGUCAGUUAUGUUGAGGAUGCAGGUGAUCCAUACAGGGAUCAGAUGGAAGAGUGCAUUUCCCUGAUAAUGCAAGAACUGAAAGCUAGAGGAGUUAAGAACGAUCAUACUUUGGCCUACCAGAGCCGAGUUGGACCGGUACAAUGGUUGAAACCAUACACUGAUGAAGUGCUUGUUGAACUUGGCCAGAGAGGCGUGAAAUCUCUGUUGGCUGUUCCAGUGAGCUUUGUGAGUGAGCACAUAGAGACACUUGAAGAGAUUGACAUGGAAUACAAGGAGUUGGCACUUGAGUCCGGGAUUGAGAAUUGGGGCCGGGUACCCGCCCUCAACUGCACCGCCACAUUCAUCACCGACCUCGCGGAUGCAGUGAUCGAAGCUCUUCCCUCCGCCACGGCAAUCUCAUCGUUGCCCAACCCCACGGGCGAAGAAGCCGACACUACGGAUCCCCUGCGGUACAUCACCAGGUUGCUCUUCGGAUAUGUUUUGGCAUUCGUUUUGCUCCUUUCUCCAAAGAUGUUCUUGGCAUUCAGGAACCACAUNGGGGGGUGUUAAGGAAAGUGCUGUACUCUAACCCCAGGGAUAACAGUAAUGUUUACACUAUCAGGUACAACCGCGCACCUGCAUUGCCCGUGGAAUUGUGACGGUGUCAACUUUGGUGUCAUUCGUGCGGUUAGUGCAGCAUUUCCGGGUUGUCAAGAGGGUUCAAUCCCAUCUUAGUUUCGUUGUGGUUCUUGUAAUCAUGUGUGUGUGUGUGUGUUCUUGUCAUAGCAGUGAGAUAAAGACAUAACUGAUGA